UGUACUAGAAAGAGAGAGAGAGAGAGAUGUGACAUGUGUUCUUUUGUUAAGUUACGCAAGUUUUCUUUUAAUUCAUUGCUGACAUUCGGGUAGACUGAGCUGUAAUGAUGUACUGUGUCAUUUCAGCAGUAGAUCAGUAGAUUAGUAGAUCAGAAGAUCAGUAGAUCAGUAGAUUGUACACAGUUCCGGAGCCGCGCGCUGCCCAGUCUGACUGCAUGACCAUGACAACGGCGUCGCCAACGGCAACCGUAACCGCUCAGCAAAUCAGAGACCGACUGCUUCAGGCAACUGACGCUCACAGCAACAUCAACAAUUUGACUGCUGUAGUAGAUGUGAUCUCCACCCUAGAGAUGUACCCCAUCACCAAGGAAGCACUUGAGGAAACCAGGCUAGGGAAGUUGAUAAAUGACUUGAGGAAGAAGACCAGAGAUGAGGAUCUGGCGAAGCGUGCAAAGAAGCUUCUGCGCAACUGGCAGAAACUCAUCGACCCACAACAACCUGAAAUCCUGCCUAUGGAACUUUCAAGCACUUUAAACUCUGUUGUGAGAUCCAACCAGUCUCAAUCUGUUCCUCCUCAGACUUUAACGGUUAAUGACUCAAAGUCUGUUAUACAUAGUGUUCACACUUCAAGCACUGAAAAGUUCAACCCUGUAAAACACACAAAGAAGCAAAAAGUAGAAAAGAACUUACCAACCUCAAAGGGCACCAGAAGAUCUGCACUUUUAUCAGCCAGUGGUGGUCCAGAAGAUCUUCAAAUAAGCACAGGUUCUGUGCGUCACUUUAGUUCUCAGGAUCCCACUGGAUCUACGAUCCUCAGAGCAUCAGUAUUACAACAGCCAGGACAAAGGGACAUAACUGCUGUAGAGAAAGUGAAGCGCAAAGCCCGCUGUCAAUACACCAAACAAAGUCCUAGAUCUGUUAAGCAAUUAGUGCCGAGCAAGCAGCCGACAUCGUUUCCUCCCACUGACCCUGAUUCUCUUCCUGCACAUCACCAUUCAAAAGAUUUGUCAAAUCCAGAGAAUGGAUCACUCCUAAACAGUGAGAGGACACAUGAACAAACAAAUAACCUGCAAAACAAGUCCAAAGGGCUGGCACGGCUUCAGCCAGGUUUACUCAGCGAGGUUACCAAUACGGAAAACGAAAAAGACCUCAGACCCACGGAUGGCAAGAGGAGGAAGCCUCAGUUGAGAGACAACACCAGCAACGUGAAAGGACGGUCAUCAGAUGACGUGUCUAAACCUGCGCAAGUAAAAAAUCGUAAAUUGACCUUCGAUCCGCACACGCAACAAAUUAGACCUUCAGCAGUGACUCCGAGCGAGGAGCAACCCAAUCCAGCGCUGGAUGUAAAUGAGCCAGUGAAGCAGAGCCCCUCUACAGCUUCUCCCAGCCCUUUGCACAAGAUGAACUGGAAAGAUAUGUCGCAAAACGAAAUCGUCAAACAUUACCUGAACCUCCAGAACAAUUUGUUAAAAACGUCCGGAAGUCAAGUCCCGAGCGCGCAGUUUUUUAUGAGCGAGUCAUUGAAAUGUGAGGAAAACAACGCAAAAGAAACCAACAAAACCUACAUCCAGGUGACAGAGGUUUUGGAGACUGGUUUGCCAGGGAUAGACCGAGACAUCACAACAGAGGACGUCUAUAAAAUAAACAAUAAUCACUGGCCUGGGGUUAACGGCUGCUAUGACAAUAUAGGCCAGUGGUACGGCUGGACGGAAUGCAUAUCUUUAGACAUGUACGGAGACGGAAGUAAACUUAAUAUCCUGCCAUAUGUUUGCAUUGACUAAACGUUUCUAUAAAUAAAGUUUUCUCUGAAUCUCA